AUGUUGGGAAUUUGUGGAUCACUUAGAAAAUUACGGAAAUUACGAAAUCAUGCUUAUGAAAAUGUUAAAUUCUUUACAACAAUAACAAAAAACCAAAAGGAUACAUUGAAAGCUGUUGUAAAAAUAAAUAAGGAUAUUUUAAAAAGUGACAAUAUUUUAGAAAUAAUAAAAAUUGUAAAAGAUAAUGAAAAGAAUACAAAUAUAAUUAAUCAUGUUACAUUUUUCCAUAGGUUAAUGCAAAUAAUACAUAAAAACAAUAAUGAUGCUAGUUAUGUUAAGAAUAAUAAAUAUAUAAAUAUAGAAAUAGAGAAAAGGAUAAAAAUCAUAUUUGCUUAUUUAAGCAAUGACAAAGAAAAUUUAAAGAAGGUAAAUAAUUAUAAUAAACGAUUGUUUUCAUCUUUUGUUUGGUCACUUAGUAAGUAUUUUAUAUUAUUAAAAGAGAAUGUUCAGGACAAUUUUUUUAAAGGAGCAGAAGAUUUUAUUUUCCAAGAAUAUCCACAUUAUAAGGAGAAAAAUUCAAAGAUAUUUACUAGUCAUGAGAAAAGCACAAAUAAGAAUGAUAGUACCGUCGCCAAUCACAUGAUGAAUGGUGGCGAUCCUAAUAAAAGUUCACACAUAUACAAACUCAAUUGUGAAAGAAUAUGUAAACAAAACACAAUUAAAAUAAAAAGUACCAUUUUUUCAAACUUGGAUUGGGAAAAAUAUGAUAAGCAUAUACAACCAACAAAUAAUAACCAUGAAGGAAAGCCAAUAAAACUUUCUAAUGUGUAUCUAAAUUUAUUAUUAAAAUAUGCAAAUGCAUAUUUGCCGCAUAUGAAUCCAUCAAGGCAUGUUGUUCUUCUUUGGUCUUUAAGUAAAUUAAAUAAAAAUUCAAAAGAAAUUCAUGAAAAUUAUUAUAAGCAAAGUUUAAAUAUUAUCCCACAAUUAAAAGACAACGAAUCAAUUAUUUUAUUAUAUUCAUAUUCUUAUGUAAAUUUUAAAGACUUUGAUUUUUAUCUAAAAAUAAAAAAAUUAAUUAUGAAUAGAAAUAUUCAUAAAAAAAUAGUGCAUGAAAAAAACUAUGAAUCAUUGAUUAGUAUGCUUUUAUCCUUUUCAAAUCAAAAUAUAUUUUUUCAAGAUUUAUACAAAAGCACAAUAAAUAAUAUUUUGGAAACAAAUAACUUUUUGAACAAUUUACGAAAGAAAAAUUUAAUAAGAUUCAUAUUUUGCAUAUUUAAAUUACCACACAUAUACUUGCAGAAUGAGAAUACAUUUGAUAAGAAUCAAAUUGAAUCCAUUUCUUUGUGGAAAAAUGUUAUUUUAUAUGAACUAUUAAAAAAAAAAGUUAUGAAAAAAUGUGACAAACUCUUUCCAUUAGAUGAAGAUAUAAAUUGUUCUAUAAGGAGAAAGAGUUUUAUUGAUACUAUUUAUAAGGAUAAAUAUCCUUUAGGUGAUAUUAUUUUAUUAUUGUGGUCUUUGAGUCUUAAAUAUAUAUAUUCAGCAAAAUUAUUUUUAUAUACUUGUAUUAAAUUAAACAGAUUAUUAAAAGACUCCAAUUUUAUAAAUAAUUAUUUUCAGAUGCUAACAAAUUUUUAUUUAUCCUUAUUAUCAUUUAUAUUAGAAGACCAGGAUUAUGCUAAUUUAUAUUUUAAUAAAAAUGAAGCUAAUGCAUUAUCUCUUUUAUAUGACUAUUUGAGCAUACAUAUGGAUAAUUUUGUUAUUUUAAAAGACAUAAUAAAUAUGAAUACAAGACAUAAUAAUGAUGUUGAAAUAUCAAACAUGCAAGAAAAUAUAUUUUAUAUUAUAAGCAAUUAUUUUAAACCAUCAAAAAAUGUAAUUGUAUUGUUGGAAUAUAAAAAUGUGGUGAAUUUAUCUGUGGAUAUUUUAUUAUAUAGGAAUGACAAUUUUCAUCAUAUUAAUUUUCCUAAAAAAAGAAAUGAUCAUAAUUGUUCAUAUGUAUCUUUUUUAGGUAAAAAUAUUUUUAAAGAUACCAUGCUAGGUCCAUACUUUCCUGAACAAAAAAUAAACCAAAAACAUAUAUGCACCAUAAAUAAUUUUACAAGUUUUACUGAAAGAAAAAAGAAGCAUCAUAAUUUACAAAACAAUUCACCUGUUUUAUAUUUAACAAGUAGAAAAAAUAUGCACACAACAUAUGCACAUUUUUUUAGUACUAUAGAGAAAAAUGAUAUUGGUGAAAAAAGUUAUCAGCCAAAUGAAUUUGUUAACUUAAAAAGUUGUGUUACAUUUUCACCAGAAAUAGAAGAUACAAUAAAAGACCCCGAAAAUUCUACAAAUGAAAUGUAUCGAUUUAUCAAUAAAUUAAAAAAUAUAUCUUCAGAUGAAUGUAAUGAUCAACUGAAAACAAUAUGUAAUGAUUUAAUUUUAUUGUUUAACAACAAUUUUAUAUAUAUUAAGACGAACGAUGUAAUUAGUUUUUUUUACAAAUUUUCAUCUUUUUUUCCGAUACUUUGCAAAAUGAAGAACCAAUUUUAUAACGUCAACGAAGUAGUAAAAUUGUUUUCUUUCUUUAUAAACUUUACUACUUCUACAUUUUUUCCAUAUUUAGAAAAAUAUAUAAACAAAAACAAAGAAAGAAAUUUAAAUCUAUUUAUUGAUGUGUGUUGGACUUAUUUUAGAUAUAUGAAAUAUUUAACAGUUUUAUCAAAAAAUAUAAAUUCGAACACCAAUAUGUCCUCUGAAUUGGAACAAAUAAAUAUCAUUAUUUCAAGUGAGUUAGAUAAAACUGAAAAUAUAUUCAAUCAUACUAUAAAAAGUAAAAUAACUGAUGGGAAUAUAAUAAGAGAAUUAUCUUCAAAAAAUAUGUCUCUUCUAAUAUCUAUAUUUCUACACCUUAAAAAUUCAAAUGAUGUAAUAAAUUAUUUACAAAAAAACAACUUUUUUAAUAUGAGAUUUUAUAUAAAAGAUAUUAUAUAUAUUUUAAGUGCUAUGCUUAAAUCUGAUUAUGUAUGGAAGGAUCUUGAGCUUUUUUUUUGUAAAAUAUUUGCAGAAAAUAUUGGAUAUUCAGAUAUAAAAAAUUUGGUGGAAUUCACAUAUUUGUGUGCUGAACUUAAAUGUAAUCAUGAUUUUAUAGUGUCUGCUAUUCGAAGUAGAAUAAACCAAUAUACAAAUUUUCCAGAAGCUGAAGAAAGUAAACAAAAUACAAAAUACAACAUUGAUAAAUUUGGUUGCAGAUUUAUUGAAAAGUUUACUCCUGAUGAAUUAGCAUUUUUUACGAGGAAUUGUUAUAGAAUGCAUUGUUUUGACAGGACCUUCUUUGAUUUACUAUGUGACACAGCAGCGAAAAAAUUAAAUGCUUUAAAUUUGACAAACGCAUGUAUAAUUCUACCCUGCUUUUCACGCGUAUACUGUAUUAAAAACAUAUGGAAAAAAAGUGAUGAAUAUGCUGGGGAUAAAAAACAAAUAAUCAAUAAAGAUAUAAACAUUAAGAUUGAAAAUAAUGAUUAUUUAGAAAAAAAUAUAUCCAGUUGUAGAUACAAGAUACCUGAAUCAUUGAAAGUAUUAGUAAAUCAUGUAGAAAAUGAAAUGAUUCCCAAAAGAAAAAACAUUAGCUUACAUGAUUUAUGCUAUUUUAUGGAAUCGCUAACAUUACUUAAAAUCGAAAAUAAAAAAUUGUAUAACUUAUGUAUAAAUGAAACAUUAAAAAAAAUUCAAAAUUUUGUAUAUAAUGAAAAAGAAAUAAAAAUUAUAGGGAAAAUAUUGUGGUGUUUAUCUUAUUACCAUAAAACAGAAUAUUUAUUUUCCCAUAAAAUUAUUAAUUUUCUUUUAAAAUAUAAAUUGUAUCAAAAUCCAAUACCUGAAAAUUUCAUUUCGUUUUUUAUGUACUUUAUAAAAUCAAGAGUAUAUAAUAAAAGCAUAUUUUAUAAUAUUGGAAGGUCUACCAUUGCAAAUAUAGCCAUUAAUAAUUAUUUUACACCAUCCGAAGAAAAAAGGUUAAACUUCAAGUUAAACGUAAUUACUGAAUUGUAUGCUACUAUGGCAUGGGCUUACGCCUUUACUUAUUUCAAUAAUGCCGAUAUAGAAAUAUCCAAUUUUGAUGUACACACAAAUAGAAAAGUAAAUGUAGGAAUAUCCACUUCAAAAGAGGAAAAUAGUUGUAAAAAUAAUAAGCAUCUCGAUAAAAAUUGUGAUAACAAGGAAAUAAGCAAAUGCAAAAAUAUCACCAGUGUACCAAACCCUGCACAAUUGUGCUAUACUAAAAAGGAUGAAAUGUUUUUGAAAAAAAUCUAUGACUAUAUUUUUAAUGAAAUAAAAAUUUUACACAAAUAUGGAGAGCUUUCAUUUUUAUUAUUAGCAAGAUAUUUAUGGGGAGUUUCGAUUGUAAAUUUGAUAAAUGAUGAUACAAUAAAUUUUAUUAAUACAUAUAAUUGGGAUGAGAUAAACAUAUAUGAACAAAAUCCAAUGUACCUUCAUAUGGUUUUUACCUUAUGGUUACGAUUAAAAUAUUCUUAUUCGCACUUGAAUCUUUCGAAAAAUUUCCUUAACUUUAUAGAUCAAAUUACACAUAUAUUAAAAAAUAUAUAUAUAAAAAAAGGUUUAAAUAAAGAUAAUUUAUCAACAUUCCAUGUGCAAAUAUCUAAAAUUUUUGAUAAGUUUAAUAUUAAAUAUACAAACGAAUAUAUAACUAAAGACCUGUUAAUAAUAGAUAUAAUAAUAAUACUUAAAGAUUGUAAUGAAAAAAUAGCUAUUGAAAUUGAUGGUCCUUCGCAUCAUUUAUUAGACUUGAAUGACCUUCAUGUGAAUACUUCAACAAAUGAUAAUAGGAAAUAUCUGCAAUGUGGAACGACAUAUUUUAAGAACUUCUUACUUAAAAAAAACGGAUGGAAAGUUAUAAAUAUUCCAUCUUAUGAAUGGAACAAAAUAAAAAAAGAAGAUCGAGAUUACUUUAUAAUUCAAAAAUUAUCAAAUUGUAGUUCAUAUCUCAAGCAACAUUUUGUAAAGAAUAAUCAUGUAUUAUGA